AUGUUGACUCAGGGAUUUAUAAUAUAUUUACUCUAAAUUAAAUGAAUCAGAUUAAAGUUAACCUAUGCAUUCUUAUAUUUAUGUCUCAAGACAAUUCAAAUCCUAAUAUAGAAACACAAAUUAUCAACCUUAAUGGAAUCACAGAUACAAAAUGAUGGGCUGCUGUGUGUUGGCUAGGCCGCGCUGCCUGCCUAAGCGAUUCUCUAAUGCAAUGAUUAGGGAAAUUUGGAUAAUUUGGUUUUUAUCAAAAGCAUGCCAUAUUUCCGUCGAUGUGUGGGUUUUGAUCUCAUUCAUAUCGAAAAGCAGUAAUUUGGGUGAACAGAUUUCAAUCCGUUUAGCAACCUUCUGAAAAAGUUUUCAGUUUUGAGCAAAAGACAGGGCAGUUUUGCGCAUUUUUAUCUCCUCACUUGCAAGAAAUCGUGUCUUGAGGCCUCUAACAACAUAGUCACACCUCACCUUCUACAAGCAAGUUAACCAAGAUAACGCAGUUCCAAAUAAAUACAAAUCCACCUCUAAAAAGAACCAUCUUUUCCCCAUAUUUUCUGGUUAAAGCUCUAAAGAGCAGGAACCUGACCGGUAUUUGCAUUUGUAUAUAAGGUCGUGGUUCCAUUGCUAGACCAUAUCAAACAGCUUCAUCCACAUCAUGGAUCUGGGGAAUUUUUUAUUGGUUGCUCUUUCAUUAGCUCUACUUUUGGGGAUUGCCAAGAGCUUUGACUUCCAGGAGGAGGACUUGGCUUCGGAAGAGAGACUCUGGGACUUGUAUGAGAGGUGGAGCAGCCACCACACCGUCUCUCGGGACCUGCAGGAGAAGCAUAAGCGUUUCAAUGUGUUCAAGGAGAAUGUGGGGCAUGUUCACAAGGUGAACAAUAUGAAUAAGCCGUACAAGCUGAAACUGAGUAAGUUUGCGGAUAUGACCAACCAUGAGUUUGCAAGCUCCUAUGCCGGCUCAAAGGUCGGCCACUACAGGAUGUUCCGAGGCCGCUGGAGAGGGACCGGCGGUUUCAUGCAUGAGAACACCGGCAAUCUUCCAUCCUCUGUUGAUUGGAGGAAACGAGGAGCAGUCACCGGUAUCAAGGACCAAGGCAAAUGUGGUAGCUGCUGGGCAUUUUCAAGUGUAGUUGCAGUGGAGGGCAUCAACAAGAUCAAAACAAAUGAGUUAGUGUCCCUUUCUGAGCAAGAGCUGGUUGAUUGUGAUGCUGAAAACCAAGGCUGUAAUGGAGGAUUGAUGGAAAAUGCAUUUGAAUUCAUUAAGCAAAAUGGUGGAUUGACAGCAGAGAAGAAUUACCCCUACCAAGCCCUAGAUGGGUCAUGUGACUCAUCCAAGAUGAAUUCUCCUAUGGUGCAAAUUGAUGGAUAUCAAAGUGUGCCGGAAAAUGAUGAAAAUGCCUUGAUGAAAGCUGUUGCAAGCCAACCUGUAUCAGUUGCAAUUGAUGCUGGUGGCAAGGAUUUGCAAUUCUACUCAGAGGCAAGUCUAUUACAAUAUUAAUUAAAUUAUUGAAUGCAC